AUGAAACGUGUUCUCGACUCUAUUCGAGAGCAUAGUAAUAUUGUGAUAUUAUGCCUCUGCUGGUAUUUAAUUGCAUCCAUCGCCACUCAAGUGACUAAACAAAUCCUUACUGUUUGCCCGAUGCCUUUAUUCUUGGGUGAGUUUCAAUUCAUUUAUACCACAUUAAUUGCAAUUCUUACAUGUCACAUAGCCUAUAGAUUCCCUAAAUUUUAUCAUUUAUUCCCAAGGGGUACAUUUCCCUUAUAUUUUCAAGAAAGUCCAGAUAUAAAAGGUCAAUAUAAAAGAAUAGAAAAUAUUACGAUUAUUACUAGGCCAUCUCGUAAUAUUAUUAAAACAGUUUUACCCUUGGGAUUUUUUCAAUUUGUUGGUAAAUUCUUUGGGCAUAGUUCCACAGCUCUAGUACCCAUAUCCACUGUAGCAAGUAUCAAGACUUUAUCGCCAGUUUUCAUUGUUAUUUUCCAAAAAAUAUUUGGCAUAAGUAGUCUGCAAGUUACUAGAAAGAUAUUUUUUAGUCUAUUUUGCCUUAUAUUAGGGGUUUGGAUAAUAGUUAGGGAGGAUAGAAAGCCUUUAAUAUCUGAUGGACUUCCUUUGGGAGAUCCAGAAGAACUGCAUGAUCCAAAUAAAUUUAGAAACAUGAUCUUAGGUGUUUUUUUUGCCGUUUGUUCAAUGUUUAUUUUUGUCUUCCAAAAUAUUUAUGGUAAAACUGUUUUCACUUAUAAAGAAAACUCUUUACUUCCAUUGGUUAAUAAAAAUGGGAAAUUUAAAGAAGAAUCACCAAUGCCAAUUUAUUCAGAACGAAAAACUGCAUCUUCACAUAAUACUAAAUAUGAUAAAUUAUCGUUAAUGAUUUAUAUUUCAAUUGUAGGCUAUUGUUUUUCAUUUUGGUGGUUUUUAAGAUACGAAUUUUCCACACUUUUAUACACUCUAAUUUUGGGUAAAGCAAAUGAUAGAAUUACUUUUAUUCCUUGGACUCUAUUAUUUAUAAACGGUAUUUUUCAUUUCUUACAAGCUAUGAUUACUUUUUAUCUAUUAGGUGAAAUUGCUACUUUGAGUUAUUCCAUUGCGAAUCUUAUGAAAAGAAUAGCUGUCAUAUCAUGCAGCUGGAUAUUUGUUGGUAGAAUGGUUACUCUUUUACAGGUUCUCGGUUUGAUAUUAAACGGUCUUGGUCUUUAUCUCUACGAAAGAUGCACUGCUGAACAGAAAACUAUGAAGGCACAACUCAAUGAAAAGCAUAUGGUAUCGACAGAUUACUAA